AUGGUGCACCCCUUGAUACUUCCCAUGGCCCUUUUGGCAAAGUCUUCCAUGGUGUCACAAACCUCACGAUGUGCUUGGAUGAGAUCAUCUUCUUCCUACACAGCUCUUAGUGCUUCGUCUAAGCAACUAUCCUUUCCUGUGAUGGAUCCAUCCAGUGGCAAGGAGAUCGAAUGUGAUUCUUCUGAUGCUAUUUUCCAAAACAAACGCGUUGCCUUGUACUUUAGUGCAGGUUGGUGUCCCAUGUGUACUCGAGCCUUUGAACCAUCCUUGGAAACCUUUCGACAGGCAUGUGAGGAAUCGGACAAACCAGUGGAAUUUCUGUAUGUCAGUUCUGACAAGGAUGCCAACACCGCCACAGAACGAGCAACUGCAUUGAAUAUGAAAAUGGUUCCGUUUGGAGAAUCUUGUGCCAAACUCAAGAAAGACUAUGAGAUUUGGGCUGGAAGCGAAGCAAUGCAGUUUGGGUUUGGUCGACGAUCGGGAGUGCCAGCGAUUGUCGUAUUGGACAAGACUGGACAAGAACUAGCCUUUUUGCCAGCAGAAGCCCAGGGUCCUAAAGCCCUGGCUAGUUGGCCAAUGGAUGAUGAAACGGGAAUAUGGGGUGCGUAG